AUGAAAAAACUUUUUCCUGAAAUAACAAAUCCAUUAAUAUCAGCUGCAGUUCUUCUUGCUAAUAGUUAUAAAUCGUUAGAUGAAAUUGACAAAGCAUCAGAUAUUAGCAUUCAUUUACAUAAAUCGAAUGCUAAGAAGAAGAUCAGUCUCUCGUGGACUGCAGUCAAUCGACAAAUCUUUCAAUUUCGAGCUCAUGAUCAAUCUCAUUCUUGA